UGCUAAAAUGCACCUUCCCUGCUUUGGAUGCUUCUUUGGGCUUCUUGGGUCUCGAGCUCACUCCUCUCUCUCUCUCUCACACUCUCUCUCUCUCUCUGAUCUGGUCAUGUUGUUUUCUAUAUGUAAAGCAUGAAAAGAGUGGGGUUCUUCGGAAGGCUUUUCUUCGUGGAGAAGAUUCCCCUUUCUGGAUUGUAGCAGAUGUCGUGGGGGUUUUGAAGAUCAGUUUGGCUCUCGUAUACUUGGGAAAGCAGCGACCCUUGAUAGCACCAACCAUUACGUGAUUUUCUUCUGCUGCUUUGUGGAUAUUGAGGAAAAUGGGCUGUGUUGCGUCCACAAUUGAUAAGGAUAAGAGGGUGCAGACUUGCAAGGAGAAGAAGAAGCUAAUGAAACAGUUGGUUGGGUUUAGGGAAGAAUUCGCAGAUGCCCUAUUGGCUUAUUUGAGAGCACUGAAGAAUACUGGAGUAACUCUUCGGCAGUUCACUGAGUCGGAGUCAUUGGAGUCGCUGGAUCUUGAAAAUAUCCAUUAUGGCUUGGCAUUGCCUCCCUCUCCACCUCCGCCAUUGCCUCCCUCCCCUCCUCCACCGCCUCCUUUUAGCCCUGAUUUGAGAAAGUUCAAUGAAAAUAAUCGGAAGGAAGAAUUUCCUCAAAAAGAAAGCGUAGAGAUUGAAGAGGAUGAUAAUUAUAUCACAUCAUCGCCUUCUCCAAUCCCGAGCUCAUGGUACCACUCUUUGGACCCUUUUCUGUCUUCUCCACAGCAUCACCACAAGAAGAGUGAAGUUGUGGAACUAGGUGAGGACGAGAAGUGGGCAGAGACUAAGACAGAAUUUGAAGAAGAAGAUCAGAAAGGGGAAGUUAUUGUGAAAUUUGCUGUAAAUCCACUUCCUCAAAAGCCACAGCCUGUAGAAUUGGUUGAUGAUAAUUCAUCAACAAUGAGCGGGCACACUAAAGACACCGCAGACAUGCCUGCGGUAGUAUUGAGGGGCAAGAAGACCUUGGAGGGUAUUAUGAGGGAGUUAGAUGAUUAUUUUCUUAAAGCAUCGGCUGGUGGAAAGGAAAUAUCUGUUCUUGUGGACAUUAAUGGAGGGCACACUUUUCUCUCGCAGGGUUUCAAAGAAAACAACAGGAAGAACUCUGCAAAGGUCUUUAGUUCAUUGUCAUGGAGUUGGUCUUCCAAGUCUCUUCUGGUAACCAAAGAGGCCGUUGAUCUUUGUGGCUCUAGUGAACCAUGCAGGCCUGGAGCUCAUUGCAUUACACUUAAAAAACUUUAUUCUGCAGAGCAGAAACUUUACAAGGAAGUGAAGGAGGAAAAAAUGACCAAACUAGAGUAUGAAAGGAAGUCCAUCUUACUGCAAAAACAGGAGAAUGAGAACCAUGACUGGACCAAGACUGAGAAAACUCGAUUGACUGUUGAGAGUUUGGAGGCUGAAAUGAUUCGUCUGCAACAAUCAAUUAGUACGAUCUGUUCAUCUAUGUUGGAGCUCAUAGAUCAGGAGCUAUAUCCUCAGCUGGUUAUGUUGACUUCUGGCCUAAUGCAAUUGUGGAAGACAAUGUACGAGUGUCAUCAAGCUCAGAAUCAUAUCUCCCAGCAGUUGAAUCAUCUGCAUGAUAACCCAAUCACAGAUUUCAGUACAGAUUACCAUCGCCAGGCAACAGCUCAGCUUGAAACUGAGGUCACUUACUGGUACAACACCUUCAGCAAACUCAUAAAGUCUCAAAAGGAGUAUGUACUAACCCUCUCCAAGUGGAUUCAACUCACUGGCAGCCUUGCAGAUGACCAUCAACAUCAACACAGUGGUUACUUAUCUGUAGUCCGCAGCCUAUGUGAAGUUUGGCAGCUUUCCCUUGACAGAUUACCUGAUAAGGUAACCUCAGAGGCCAUUAAAGGCCUUUUGUCCGCCAUCCACUCUGUUCUCCUGCAACAGGCAGAGGAAUACAACCUGCAGAAGAAAUCUGAUAAACUUGACAAAAGGUUGCAAAAGGAGUUAUACUCACUAGCUGAGAUGGAGAUAAAACUUGAGGGAAGUUCUCAUGCUGCAAAUACACUCCCUGAUUUGAGCCCUAAGCAUCCUAUAUCAGUGAAGCGUACGAAAACGGAAGCGUUAAAGAAGCGAGUGGACGGCGAGAAGGACAAAUAUCUGAAUGCAGUCCACGUUACAAGGGCCAUGACAUUAAACAACCUGAAAACAAGCCUCCCCAUUGUAUUCCAGGCAUUAAUGGGAUUCUCAAGUGCUUCUGCUCAGGCAAUUGAGGAGGCUGUUCACAGCCUUCUCAAACCGGGAGAUAGCUGUGAUGUUGCUUCACAAAACUCAACGAGUUGAAUAUUUUUCAGGUUACAAGAUGAAGUGACAAUUAAACAGAUCUUGUUCCAGGAUUAUAUUACUUGAUUCUGUUGAUAAAAUCACAGAGCAUAUAUAAAUGCUUUCUUGAGGAUAAACAGAAUGCAAUUGCUUGACUGAGGAUACUAGAAUUUGAUGGUUUCUUGCCGUCAUAAUGAUGUAAUGAAUUUUGUGCAUGAUUUCUGCCCAUGCAAUGCAAGAGGGCGUUAGUAUAUUACAUGGAAAUGAAGUGCCUCUAUACAUUGCUUUGA